AUGAUCGAGGCAGUGUUUUGGCAGGUUGUGAUCGUUGCUCAAAUCAUUUGCUUACUCUCAUCGCUGUGUCCUGUGGAAGCCAAGACUGUGCGUGUGGGAAAUCGGUGCAAAUCCUCGAUAGGUUUGCCAGGACGAUGCGUGCUCCUCGACCACUGUCCAAAAUUGAAAGCAAUGGAAGAGAAGACGUACCUAACUCGGGAUGAGAUUCAUCUUUUAAUUGGCGCUUCCGGAGCGUGUCCGAAAGAAUCGGAGCAAUACUGCUGUGUGGAAGAGGACAUCCGCAGCACCACGAUCAAACCAACCACAGAUCAUCCCCAAUCGACGGAAAGGUUUAUGGAACGUGAUCACGUUGAAUGUCUACAAGAUCGGUUGGGCAUCAGUGCUGAAUCCAUCGCCAGGUCCUCUCUAGAUACCUCGUUCGGUGUAUUUAUCACCUAUUCUAGCAGAGGCAGGUUUAGCAGAUGCGUCGGAAGUCUGAUCACACCCGAGUACGUCCUUACGGCGGCACACUGUGUGCGGAAAUCAGGCGAUGUGGUGCUGUACGUGAACGCUCACGACGUCACACAGGAUGACGACGGGCUUAAAGGUGACGUCGAUCCAAUUAACGUUCUCGAGGUAAUUGUGCACGAAAAGUACAACACCACCAACCGGCAGCAUGACAUUGCUCUGGUGCGGCUGAAUGGAAGUAUUUCGCAGGGAAAUUCGAUCAGUGAUCCAAAAUCCAUCUGUAUCCCGAUGGACCUGGAACACGAUGAGACAGCCUCGGUGGGCCACACGUUAAGCUGUUUCGGGUGGGGUAUUAACGCUAACAGAACUCUCAGCAACAGAAAGCAGUGGAUGACGUUGGAGCGGAUAUCCUUGGGGCUGUGUCAGGCAAGGAUGGACUCGCUGAGGUUGGCACUCACUCGGAGGGUGAAGAUCAGCGAACGCAACAUCUGCACGAUCACUAUUACGGGACAUGACGCUUUCGCAGGAUACUCCGGUGGUCCACUCAUGUACCGAAAGGAUGGAUCUUGGUUUUUGAUUGGGCUUAUUAGUUUCGGGGUCGGUACAACUAGCACCAGUUUCCCGGUGGUCUCGAUCAACGUGCAGCAGUACACGAGCUGGAUACUGGAGAACAUUCUGAGGAGGAAUGUCUGA